AUGGCAGACGACGCAGCCAUCCUCGCGGUCGACGCGGGGCGCUUCACGGGCGAGGGAGCUGACCUCUCUCUUCUCCAUUACCUGCGACAGGUCGACGGCGCGCUGGACACGUUGCCGCCCGACGCGAUCCUGCCACACGUCGCCGUCCUUCACGCCCUCUUCACCCGCCUCCUCGUUCCCAACCCCCAGACCACGACUGCCACAGCCCUCCCGAAGCCUGGCCGGCCGAUCCGACAUCUCGCUGCACGUAUUCUCGUCAAACUGCAUAAGCGGGUCGAGAGCCAUUCACUCUUCGACCUCGUGCAGGCUCUCCUGCGCGGCGUGGAUGGCGGCAACAAGUCCAUGUCCGCGCUCGAGAACGUGCAGCGGGUCGCUAGCUGGUACACUAUCGGCGAGAUAAUCAAGGAGCAUGGCGGGAAUAUGAUGUCGUUCAUGGCCGAGAUCUGUACGCUCUCAGUCAAGGUUCUCCGCAACUCCAACUUCUCCGUUAUCCUUAGAAGCCACGCCGUAUCCGCAUUCUACAAGUCGCUUGUGUCGGCCGGCCGAGCUCUCCCCGAUGCUCUCGUCAAGGACCUACUCAAGCAGCUCCGUUCGGGGCUGCAGGACAAGGCGCUGCCAGUCCAGAGAGUGUGCGCCGAGACGUUCAUCAACCUGCACCUCUACUCGCCGGUCCUCCAGCUGCAGCCUACGCUCGAGAUGAUCACGCCGCUCGCGCUCCGGAGCCUCGAGAGCGCCGACUACCUUACAAGACGUUCGGUUUGUCGCAUGCUGGCGCACUUCCUCGCUGCGACGCAGGUGCUUGGCUCAGGAACAGCUCCUCCUGAGCCCAAAAAGCCACCAGUUAAGAAGGGGGCGGGUGACGCCGAGGAGCUGGACGACUCUGGUCCGCAGAUCAUCACGUCGGCGCCCGAAGACAAGGCCAAGGCCAUGUUCACUCCAGCGCAGAUGCUCAAGUACCUGUCAGUCCCGUACAACCGGCCUAACACGCCGCGCAAGCUGCGGAAUGCCCUUAUCGACGUAUACGCGACCCUCCUCACCCAACUCGGCACCGAAUACGUCGAGGCGCACUACGGCGAGAUCGUAGGCCACAUUGUUGGCGAGAUCGUGCUGUCUCAGAAGGGCCUCAGCUCACGGUAUGAGAUUCUCGCGACGCGUGAGGCGUCAGGCAUUCUCCUUCGCGAUCUCGUGGGCUUGAACAUGCUGUCCGAGGCUGGGCAGGUGAUGGCGCUGCGCGAAUGGGGCAACAGUUACCUGCGCAAGUGGAACCCGACGCCGCUCGCAGGGCAGCGCAAUCCCCACAAGCCGACACUCAUCAUUGCGCUGCGCGAGGUUGCUGGCCUACUGGAACAGCUCGGCAACGCACCCCCCUCAAUCAUCGAGCUCCUGGCUGAGCCUCUUGUCCGCCUGCUCUCGCACGAGUCCUACUCUGUUCGCCUACAGGCUGCCGCUACCCUACGUCGCUUCUGCACCACGAACCCCAACCAGCUCCCUCACCUCCUCAGCGGCCUGCUUGCGGAUGUUAACAAGGACCUCGGCCUUCUCGGGACUCCCGCGACCCCGAAGGAAGUUCCGGUCCGUGUCCUCGGCAAGGCGUUUGCCCUCGGUGCGCUGGUCGCCACCAGCCCGUCGCGCCCGCUGUACGUGUCCAGCGACCUGCCGUCGAAGGUGUUCGACAUGUCCUUCUCACUUCUGAAGCGCGCUGGGGACCACGACGUUGGACCAGCGACAAUCGAGGUGCAGGUCGCGUGGCACCUCAUCGCGUCGCUCAUGUCGCUUGGGCCCGGUUUCGUCAAGCUUCACCUCCCGCAGCUCCUCGUUCUGUGGCGCAACGCGCUACCGAAGCCGACGACCAAGGAUGCCUCAGUCGGCGACCGCGGUGAGGCCGACUGGAACUUCCUUCUUGUCGUGCGCGAAAGCGCGCUCGGCGCCAUCCACAACUUCCUUCGGCACAACAUAUCGCUCGUUAACAUCGACGUCGCGCGCCGCCUCGCGACCCUGUUCACCAACACGCUCAACUUCGUCAAUGGUUUCGCCACAGCAUACUCUGAGCUCCUACGCGAGCAAGCUGCAAACCCGCAGGGCGGGACAUCACAUGCGUUUACGAUGCGCCCCUCCCUCGUCGACCGUGAGGCGAAGCUGCGUCGCCGUGUGCUCCAGUGCUUCACGGGUCUCGGCCCUUCGUCCGCCACGGAAUCGAUGCAGCCCGCACUCAUGCAGGCCGCUAUCACAGUGUUUGCCGACCCAGAGAACUACUCGGGCUCCGCGGCUCAAGCAGCGAUUGCGGCCCAGGCUGGACAGUUUACGAGCGUAUGGCAGUCAGCUGACGAGUAUGCGUUCGGUUUGACGAGCCUACUGCCCGCACGCGAGCGUGAAGGCGGGUCGUCUGACGAGGACGUGUUCUUGAACCGCGACCGCGUCGAGAUGUCCAUCGAAUCUCAGCUCUCGGCUCCCAUCAUCGGCUCUCUGGAGCACGAUUACGUUGCACUGUUCGCGCGCGACCUCAAGGCUGACUCGCUCAAACCUGCUCCAGCACAGACUGGCGUCAUCGACGCGGGUGUCGAGCUCUUCGCCACCCUCUUCGCGCACCAGAACCUCGAAGGCCAGGUGCAGAGCCUCGCUACGCUCAGUAGCCAUGUACGAUCGUCCAAGCUCGAGCGUAACCCCGGCCGCAAGCAGGCCAUCGUCGGGAACACGAUGGAGGCGCUCUGUCGUUCACUCGUGCUCGCAGACUCUGCCGGCCCGCGGGCGAAGAGGUCACUUGGUAGCCCGCAGGUUAGCGACGUCAUCAAGUCGCUCCUCCAGGACGCUGUGCUUGACUCGAACCCGAGUAUCCGCGGCGCGGCCGCCCGUGCAAUGGGUCAUAUCUCGAGCAUUGCGGGCAGCAACUAUCUCUCGUCCCAGGUCCAGUGGCUUGUCGAUCAGGUCGUCAACAACCGCGUCCCUGACAGCCGCGCUGGCUGCGCCAUGGCUUUCGGCGCGAUCUACAGCAGCGUUGGUGGCAUGUCGGGUGGUCCGAUCCUCAAGACCAUCGUCAACAUUCUCAUGUCGCUCGCGACUGACCCGCACCCUGUCGUCCACUUCUAUGCGCUCGCCGCGCUCACUCAGAUUGUCAACGCAGCCAACCUCUCGUACUCGCCCUACGUGCACACGACCCUCGGUAUGAUCUCGACCAUCUACCUUCUCGAGACCCACGAGCCAGACGGUGGCUCCCUCGGCAGCGUAAACCUGCGUGGCGACCUCCCAGCAUACCAGGUCAUCUGCCGCCUGCUUCAUGCGCUUAUCGGCGUGCUUGGCCCUGAGCUUCAGGAGCCCGGCAAAGUGCGCUCGCUCGUCUUCCUCCUCGUGCACGAGUUCCGCGAGGAGACGGACGAGGGUCUUGCUGUCGAGGCGAUCAAGUGCAUCCAGCAGAUCCUCAUGUUUGCGCCGGGUGAGGUCGACGUGCCCAAGCUCGUCUCAUCGUUCCGGCAGUACCUGGCCUCAACACGGCGGCCGCUCAAGGUCGCCGCCAUCACCGCGCUGUACCAGAUCGUGCAGCGUGACGCCAUGCUCAUGUCAAAGGUUGGUGGUAACCAGCUCGUCGAGGAGCUCUUCGGCUUGCUCGAUAAGGACCCAACAAUCGAGGGUGUCAAGGCCGUUAUCACGAGCUGGCUGCAGCAGACGGCCGCGACGCUUCCAUCUGGCUGGAUCGACCUGUGUCAGCGCAUCAUGACCCGGACGCCCGGUGCUAAGGCCGCUGCACCCGUAGCUGCCAAGUCCGCUAUCCCGAUGUUCAUUGACGACGAGGGCGCGUCGCUAGGUGGCGACUCAGCUGAUCGCGGUUCAACGCUCAGCUCACGCUGGCGCACGCAAAAGUUCGCCCUAGUGUGCUUGCACAACAUUGUCGUUGCGGUCGCUGAGAAUGGCCGCCCGGAGAACUUCAACCCCGUGCUCGCUCGCCAAGCUGGAUUGAAUGCACGCCACCUCCUCUUCUCCCGCGUCGCCGACCUCAUCCGAAUGGCGUUCUCAGCUUCGGCGGCGAUCGUUGAGGACGUCCGCCUCGAAGGUCUGCUUGUGUUGAGGGACGUCAUCCGCUAUUUCGCGGCCGCGCCUGACCCGGACUUCGAAGGCGCUCUGCUUCUCGAGCAGCACCAGGCCCCAAUCGCGGCUGCACUCACACCGUCCUUCGGCUCGGACUCGACGCCCGAAGUUCUCGCACGCGCGGUGCAGGUAUGCGCCGUCUUCGUCGGCUCGGGCGUGAUCAAGGAGGUCUCGCGCAUGGGCCGUAUCCUCAAGCUCCUCACUGGUGCCCUCGAAAAGUGCAAGGAGGGCGACAUGGUGUCGCUGGGCGACGUCAAGGAUCUGUCGAGCUCAGCUUCCGUCAUGCUCAAGAUCUCCAUCCUCGCAGCGUGGGCCGAGCUGCAGGUCGCGUCGACCAAGCAGACGUACCUCGUCGAGGUCAUCAAGCCGUACCGCUGGCUACUGGGCCCGUUCUGGGUGGGCGCACUGCGCGACUAUGCGUACCUUCGCACCGACCCUGAGAUGGGCGCUGGCGCUGCUGCCGGAAUGGACCUUGGCACAGGCAUGGGCCGCGACGUUCUUCUUCCGUAUUACGAGAAGGCGGUACCAAAGCUGCUGCAUGCUGUCGCAAUCAACCUCGCGGCCAACGACCCCUUCGUCAUCGGUGCGGUUGACGGGCAGACCUUCACGUCAUCUGCCGAGCCGCAUGCUUCGUCGGCACCCGCUAUCCGGCCCGAGCCAGCGACCAACUUCUACGUCCUGUAUGGGCUGGCAUUCGAGUGCCUCACGCGGGCCAUUGGGUUGGACCCCGACAUGGCCAGCGUGGCUCUCCGCGCCCUAACGAGCCUCGUGCGCCCACAGCUGUCUGGCACGACCGUGUUUGAGGGCGCGUUUUUUGACGAACUGUGCACCAUCUGCUACCGCAUUGCAAUGAGCGAGAGUGCGGCCGUCAAGGCUGACAUGGUCGAGCUUAUCGCAACGUUUGCCACCAGCCGGAAGGGCAGCACUGGCUUUGACGCUGCGCAAGUGCGCCGCGCGCUCGCCGUCGUCGCUUUCGUCCUCCGCCAGACCAUCCCUGCAGCAGGCAUCUCGUCCAACUUCUCCCACUCCGAGGCUGCUGCCGACCGCGUCGCGUUCAUCCGCUCCGGCUUUGCAGCGUAUUCGCGUAUCGUCGAUGUCAUGGACAUGGCACAGCGUGCCGACUUGUCUGCUGUUGCCGUCCACCUUUUCUCUGACCUCCUCCGGGACGAGACGCCGAAUAUGGACCUCGCGGGCCAGUGUCUGCCGUCGCUGAAGCAACUGCUCGACCAGACGCUUGCAUCGCAGGUCCCCACCAUCGGCGCGACAAGCGAGCGCGUCGUCCACGGACUUCUUGGCGCCUGUCUGUCGCACAUUGACGAUAUGCGCUCACGUGUCAACCCAGUCGCCAGCAUCAAGAUUAAGAACAACAUGUUGGCACUCGUGCUCAUCCUCACGGCGCUUCCGCUCGGCGUACCCAUAUCCAAGCCGGUGAUUGAGCAGGCCGUCUCAGACAUUGCGCGGUACCUGACCCUCACUGCGAUGACCGAACGCCCGGCUCUGGGCCUCACCCCCGUUCACUGUGCGACUACGCUUCUCCAAGCAUCUCUCCGCCAGCUUCCCGGAUCUCCACCACGCCCUUCUCCAGCACUACAGCAUGCGGCACUCUGCGUCGUCGCCGCGCUGGUCUCGUACCUUGCCGAGGUAGUUGUGGCCAUCGCAGCUGCAGACGACGCCGCCAACGUACCCCUCGAUGGUGUGCGCGAAGUAAUCCGUGGCCUGGUGGCAUGGUGCGCGGGCCUUCCAGAUGAAGCCAAGCCGAGGGGAUACGGCGUGCUCCUCCCGACCCUGGCACUGUUACUCGAUCCCGCUGAGCAGGCCCCGAGUCCACUGCACGUACUUGCCACUGCGACGAUGCUGGGUCUUGCGCAGAGCGCACCCAAAGCGUUCAAGGACGCGACGCAGGCCAUGCCGGAGGGUGAGCGGGCGCAGUUGGAGCGUGCAAUUCGCGACGCGGUUAGUGCGCGGUCUGGGCCUGUGCCACAGCAUCGCGGGGGAGCUGGGAUUGAGCUCAAGAGCUUUGGGUCAUAG